GUGGUUGAAUCCCUUAUUUAUUAUUGGCCAUAAACGGAAGCUUGAAGAAGAUGAUAUGUAUAAAGUGCUGCCAGAAGAUUCCUCUGAGAAGCUUGGAGAGGAAUUGCAAUGGUACUGGGAUAAAGAGGUGCAAAAAGCAAAAAAGAGAGGAAAAACGCCACGUUUAACAAAAGCCAUUAUUCUUUGUUACUGGAAAUCAUAUUUAGUUUUUGGAAUUUUCACGAUGAUUGAGGAAACCCUCAAAAUAAUUCAGCCAAUAUUUUUGGGAAAAAUAAUUAGUUAUUUUGAAAACUAUGAUUCCUCAGAUGAGAUAGCUUUGAAUUUUGCAUAUUGCUACACAGCUGCUCUGUCUGUGUGCACACUUAUUCUAGCUAUAAUGCACCACUUAUACUUCUAUCAUGUACAGCGGGCUGGCAUGAAGCUGAGGGUAGCUAUGUGUCAUAUGAUUUAUCGGAAGGCACUUCGUCUCAGUAAUGUAGCUAUGGCAAAAACUACCACUGGUCAAAUAGUAAAUCUUCUGUCCAAUGAUGUGAACAAAUUUGAUCAGGUAACGAUUUUCUUGCACUUCUUGUGGGCUGGACCAAUUCAAGCUGUAGCAGUAACAGUACUUCUCUGGAUGGAGAUAGGCCCAUCAUGUCUCGCGGGAAUGGCAGUUCUGAUUAUUCUUCUUCCUGUCCAGACCUGCAUUGGGAGGCUUUUUUCUUCCCUGAGGAGCAAGACAGCGGCCUUAACAGACGUCAGGAUUAGAACCAUGAAUGAAGUCAUAAGUGGUAUGAAGAUAAUAAAGAUGUAUGCUUGGGAAAAAUCAUUUGCGGAACUUGUGAAUGGUUUAAGAAGGAAGGAGAUUGCCAUGGUUAUGAAAAGCUCCUACCUUCGAGGACUGAACUUAGCCUCUUUCUUUGUGGCAAGCAAAAUAACAGUGUUCAUGACUUUCAUGGCAUAUGUACUGCUUGGCAAUGUUAUCUCUGCAAGUCGGGUGUUUGUUGCAGUGUCCCUGUAUGGUGCAGUAAGACUGACAGUAACUCUCUUCUUCCCUUCGGCUGUGGAGAGAGUAUCGGAGGCAGUGGUUAGCAUACAACGCAUCAAGAACUUCCUGAUACUUGAUGAGGUCUCACACUUCAAGCAACAACUGCAUGGUAAUAAUGAGAAUGUCAUUCUUCAUGUUCAGGAUUUGACUUGCUAUUGGGAUAAG